AUGAUGAUUCUAACUGGUAGAAGAAAAUCAGAAAAAAUAAUCUCAAGAUCAUUAAGGCCUUCCUUAUUUUUAAAUGAAUUCGAUUUAUCGUCCAUGCUCUAAACAUCUUCAGUGAAAACAGAAGCUAAUAUUAAUCCAGUCUCCAAAACAGAAGCAUAACAAAUUCAAAAUUCAUUAAGUGUAAUCCCUGAAAACCCCACAUUUUUACUGCUACCAUAAAUUGAAGAGAAAUUCGUUCUAAAAUCUAAGGAAGUUAAUUUUUCUAAAGAAAAAAGAGAAUCAAAAGUUUUAAAAAACGUGGCUUCAGAAUAACUAUUACAUUAAUCAAAGCUUGAUCUUAAGUUGCCACUUAUAUAGCAAAGUCCAUAAAUUAAGACAUUACCUAGACAUUCGAGAUAAAUUACUAGUGAAGAUCUUAAAAAAGUUGAAUUUAGACCUUCAAUUAUGGUUAUUGACUUUAUAAAUAACAUUGUGAAAAAGGACAAAAUUGAUGGAAGUUCAAAACCUUUAACUAAGAAACUGUAGAGAUAGCAGACUAGAUUUGUAAAAUAAAGUUUAUGA